GAAGCAACAUAUCAAUUGUAAUAUUUACUCACCUGUGGAAAAGAUAAGUUUUUAACUAUAAAUUAUUAUAGUUUUAUAAGUAGUAAGUGAAACAUAUUGAUUAAUUGAAAUGUCUGCACAGGCUGAAGGUCAGGGUUUGCAACAAAAAUCCAAGCGACCUGCUGACUCGGCUUUUAAGCAGCAGCGUUUACCUGCCUGGCAGCCAGUAUUGACUGCUGGAACAGUAUUACCCACAUUUUUUAUAAUUGGGAUACUCUUUAUACCAGUUGGCGUUGUACUACUUUAUUUCUCAGAUGAAGUAAGCGAGCAUGUCAUAGAUUACACCAACUGUAAUAAGAUUGAUCAAAUCAAUUUGACAUGCGCCCAAUAUAUUGAAUCGAAUCCCAGUAGCCGCUGUGAAUGCCAAAUUAAUUUUAACCUUACUAAUGAUUUUAAUGGCAAUGUUUUUAUGUAUUACGGACUAAGUAACUAUUAUCAAAAUCAUCGACGUUAUGUUAAAUCCCGCGAUGAUGACCAAUUGUUAGGGCGUCUAUCCCUAACACCGUCAACAGACUGUGUACCUUUUGCUUAUACAGAUGAACAAGUCCCGAUUGCACCCUGUGGAGCCAUCGCAAAUUCCCUAUUUAACGACACAUUGACUUUACAUUACGGUAGUGAAGAAGUUCCAUUACUCAAUACUGGCAUAGCAUGGAAAUCCGAUAAAGAUACCAAAUUUCAUAACCCACCCGGAAAUCUGCAAACGGCGUUAAGAGGGUUUGCCAAACCAAAAUUUUGGAAAAAGGAAUUGUGGGAGCUGGACCAACAAAACCCUGAAAAUAAUGGUUUUCAAAACGAAGAUCUUAUUGUUUGGAUGCGUACAGCUGCUUUGCCUAGUUUCAGAAAACUGUACCGACGAGUUAAUCAUACAGCACCAUUAUUUACAGAAGGUUUAAAGAGGGGCAUUUAUACUUUAAAAAUAAAUUAUCAAUACCCAGUUACAGCGUUUGAUGGUUCUAAGAAAAUGAUUUUGUCAACGACAUCUGUGCUUGGUGGAAAGAAUCCAUUCCUUGGUAUUGCAUAUAUUGUUGUUGGUUGCAUUUGUUUUUCUCUUGGUAUUGCCCUACUAAUUAUACAUCUCAAGUGCAGCAAAAGUACUACGGAAAUGAUAAAUGUUAAUCCCCGCACACCGUACUCUUAGAUGUUCACACAACUUUGUCUUUAAUCUUUAACGUACUUUAGAAAAAACCAAAAAUGCAGACAGCGUAAAGCGUUUGCUUAAUAUUUAGACAAAACACAUACGUUUCAUUAAUUUAGUUUUUGCUAUAUUGAGCCGUAAUUUUAUAGAAGUUUUUGUUAAAAUUUGAAAAUUAUUUUUACUUGUUAAAUUUUAAAAAGUAUUUUUACUUGUUAAAUUUUUUUAAAAUAUUUGUACAAAAAAAUUAAAAUGAGUAAAUAAAUAUUUGUCGGAGCAGGUUGCUGUGUUCUUGUUGCCACAUCGAUGUUUCAAAAA